CAAGUUGGGUCCGUCGUGUCAAUAAUAAAGCGAUUCAGUCAUGCUAGAAUAAGCAAGCAUGAAUGUGGACCCAUCCGACCAAUCAGCAUCCCUCUUUCAAAAUAUUUCAUCAUCCACUCCCCUGAUGAAGAUCCCUUGUUUGAAGUUGUUCCCUUCUCUCACUCCAUCUCUACCUAUCUCUACAUCAAACAAAAACGACUAACAAUGCUCCUCUCUCCCCGUUUCCACCUCUUUGAAAUAGGCGACCAACUCUGGUGCCCCGACUGGGUUAUCGCCUACAUCCAAUCCUAUCUCACCAGCGUCUGGAACCUGCACAUCCCACCCUUCAGCCGGACCUCCCCGGCAGGCAUAGCCGCCGAGCUCGUCACCGAAAACCUACCCGAUGCAUCAUCCUACACCUUUGUAGAUUGCUGCGCCGGGGCAGGAGGGCCCACAUCGACCAUGGAGCGCGUCUUGAACUCCCGGCUCCAGGAACAGGGGAAACGGCCCGCGCGGUUUGUGCUAACUGAUCUACAUCCGAGGAUCGAUGCUUGGUCCGCUAUUGCCAAAAAGCAGGAGCAUGUGUUGUUUAUCCCGGAGGGCAGGGAUGCGACGUCUUGUGGGCGGGUGGCGGGCGAGGGGAAGGAGUGUCGGGUGUUUAACUUGUGUUUUCAUCAUUUCGAUGAUGCGGUCGCGAGGAGGGUAUUGAGGAAUGCGGUUGAGUCGGCGGAUUCGUUUAUUAUUUUCGAGUUCGCGCAGCGCAACUUCUCCUCGCUGCUGAAUAUCCCUGUGAUGGUGCUGUAUCCGUUUUUCCAUACGUUGCAGCGGUACUGGUAUUCGCCUUUGCAUCUGUUCUUCACGUAUGUGGUGCCGCUGUUCUCUGUGGUCUGUUCGUUUGAUGGGUUUGUGUCUACGCUGCGGUGUCGGACGCCAGAGGAGUUGAGGGAGCUCCUUCGGCAGCCGGGUCUGGAUGCUUCUGGAUGGGAGUUUACGUCGGGCAAUCGCAUGAUGGUCUGGCCUUUUCUGCAUAUUUACUGGUUUAUGGGUGUAAGGAAGCAGUGAUAUUUAUUGUCAGUCGUGUCAUCAUUUAGGCAGACAGUUCUGCCACUCUUUGUUCUACCUCUUGUAGAACAUCAAAUCCAAGGACCGCUCGUUGUCGC